AUGGAACCUAACAACCAUCUAUCUUCGAGCGAGAAGGAGGCUCCCGACGGGACGGCGAGUGUCCAUCAACAAGCAUUACACAAAGAGUCUACCACGGAGAGUCAUGAUCUAGGUCCCUCGCACAAUAACCAGCCAGCUAGCAACGAUAAACCAGAUGGGCAAGGAGAGAUUGCAGGUGAUCACUUGGUCCAAGAAGAUACUUCCACCGGCGAAGACACUGUGAAGUCCGAGGGCACGGCUUCAGUUGCUCAAACUGAGCAGACGCAGGUGCAAUUUCUCCGUCUCUUGAAAUACGAAUGCAGGGCGUGGGUCAAGAUCGCGCUGCGAAAAGCAUCAGCUGCAGAAAUACGGUACAUUGAUUUGUGA